AUGUAUUUUGGGUUGUGGCACGAUGGGAAGGCCAUUUUAUCAGGAAUUUUUGCGAGUAUGAUCUCAGGUCAAGAUGGGGACCAAACGUAUACACCAAAAAAGUACAUUGUUUGUACUUCAAGAGAAGAAUCCGGUGCUCGAAUAAGAAAUUUUAACAAUAAAGUCACGUUGUUAGUUGAAGGAAAUGUUAAAGGAGUUAAUGAUGCUGAUAUCGAUGGGAUGGCUCAAGCAUUAGAGAAUAAACUUCUUAUCAAUAUAUUGGCAGGAGUGACAAUAAAUCAACUCGAGCAAUGGGUUCCUUUAACAACUAAAAUCAUUAGAGCUAUGCCCAAUGCUCCUUGCAUGAUACGCGAAGGAAUGACAGUAAUUAGUUGUCGAAAUGAUGUUAAAGCGGAAGACAAAGAAUUUGCCUCUUGGGACGAGUGA